AUGAAUACUCAACGAGAAGGAUCUUCAACUAUUCGUCCACCUCUUCUAAUCGGCUCCAACUACUCAUACUGGAAAUCAAAAAUGAAGAUGUUUAUCAAAUCCAUAGAUGAGAGAGCAUGGCGCGCCAUCAUAACUGGUUGGACACCUCCCAUGAUCAAAGGAGAAGACAAAGAGGAAGUAUUCAAACCAGAAGCAGAUUGGAGUGAUGGAGAAAUACUACUCGCAAACUACAACUCGAGGGCCCUAAACGCAAUAUUUAGUGGUGUUGAUGAUAAUCAAUUUAAACUAAUAGCGUCAUGUGAAUCUGCAAAGAGAGCUUGGGAAAUUCUUCAAGUCACAUACGAAGGAACGUCAACUGUAAGGACAUCCAAGUUACAGAUGUUGGCCACCAAAUUCGAAAAUUUGAAGAUGGAGGAGAAUGAGACGAUCACUGACUUCCAUGCUAAAUUAUGUGAUAUCUCCAAUGAAUCAUACGCACUCGGUGAACUAUACUCAGAAAGCAAAUUAGUGAGAAAAGCGAUGCGCUCAUUACCUGAAAGAUUCGCUUACCGAAUUGCUGCCAUUGAAGAAGUCAGAGACGUUGACACGCUCAAACUAGACGAACUCAUGGGGAAACUUCUAGCACAAGAACUCAAUCAUGGUGAAAAUCAUCGUGAAAAGUCUAGAGAAAAGAAGAUAGCCUUUCAAGCAGAAACAUCAUAUGCAACGCCCCAAAAUUCGUCAACUCAAGAAGAUGAGCAAACAGUUGAAGAAUCAUUGGCACUACUAUCGAAAAAUUUUGGGAAAUUUCUCAAAAAGAUCGAAAAAAGGGGAAAUCUUCCAAGCACAGGGAAACCCGUGAAUUUUCAAAAUUCUAGGAGAAAUUCAAAUCAAGAUAACUCAGAGGAGUCAAAACCAAGAAGAAUACAAUGUCGAGAAUGCGAAGGCUUUGGUCACAUUCAAUCAGAAUGCGCAAACACCAUGAAGAAAAAGAAGAAAAUGUCACUUACUACUGGUUGGAGCGAUGAAGAAGAAUCUGAUGAUGACCAAGGAAACAACAAUCAAGUCACUAACUUUGUAGCAUUCAGCAGCAAAGUUCCUCUGGACAGCUCAGAAUCAACUGUUGCUUCAACUGUUGCAACAGACUGUGAAACAGAAUCCAGGUAUGAAAAUAUGUGUUCUGAUUAUGACAAAAAUCUAAACGAAAAUUCUUCUUUUGCAGAGGAUCCGAACAGCAGCAGUGAUGAGGAAGAACCAACCUUGGAUGAAGUAAAGGAGGUAUAUGAAAAAAUGUACCAAAAAUGGCUCGACGUCGUUAAGGUAAAUAACUUCCUGGAAAAGGAGAAGUUUGUGCUUGUAGAGGAAAACAAGACACUAAAGGUAAGAAUCUCUACUCUUGAGGAAAGGGUCAUAUCUAGUGAUCAAGAGAAAAAUAGUUUGCAGGCUAAACUUACUCAAACUCAAGAAGCAAUUGCAAAAUUGAACUUGGGUAGAGGUAAUCUAGAUGAAAUCUUAAGCAACAACAAGCCAAACUAUAAUCGUCUAGGCAUAGGAGGGAGUCAGCUACCCAAAGUUGAUCUAAAGCGAAAGGAAGAUCAAAACAGAAAAAUCAACUUUGUUAAACAAGCUUCUGUCUCACAAACAGUUGCAACUGUUGAAGCAACGAAACACAAUUCAAAGAAAAGGUUUAUUCCCACUUGUUUUUUCUGUCAAAAUCCAGGUCACAUACGUCCUAGAUGUUUCAAAUAUUUAAAACUUGUGAAAAAGCUUGUGGCUCGUUCUCUUUACUCUGCUAGGGCUGAUUAUUUUCCUUCACCCUCUCAAAAACCCAAAAAUAAAAUUGAUAUUUCCAAUAGACCUCAGCAAAAAAUUUGGGUUGAAAAGUUCACGUUUAAAUGCUUAUCUGCGAUUACUUCUUUAAAAGCAAGUACUACUAAUGAUUGGUAUUUUGACAGUGGGUGUUCACGACAUAUGACCGGUGUUAAAGAGUUUCUGAAAAACUAUCAACAAAUCACCGGUGGAGCUGUUACCUUUGGAAACGGAAAAAAGGGUGAAGUGCUAGGGAAAGGAUCGCUAAAUCAUGAGAAUCUGCCAAAGCUGAAGAAUGUACUACUUGUAGAAGGACUCACGUCAAAUCUGAUAAGCAUCAGCCAGCUAUGUGAUCAAGAUCUUGAAGUUAGAUUCAACAAAUUCGCAUGUCGAGUAUUAGACAAAGAUGAGAAUUGUGUUAUUCAAGGAACUCGAUCAUCUGACAACUGCUAUAUUCUUGUCUCUGCUGGUAUGAACUGUUUCAACAGUCUGUCAGACUCUACAGUGCUUUGGCACAAAAGAAUAUCUCAUGAAUUCUCCGCACCUAAAACACCUCAACAAAAUGGAGUGGUUGAACGCAAAAAUCGCACUCUGCAAGAGAUGGCCAGGGUCAUGAUGAACAAGUAG